GACGUUUUCCGCAACGAAGGCAAUCGUCUUUACCGAGAGCGGAAGCUGGAGCAGGCGCUGCUGGCGUACAACUACAGCAUUCUGGCGGCGCCCUUCCCGAACCAAGCAGCUGAGGCCACUCCUACUAUCAAUAUUCCUGAGCAGGAAAGCCUAGCCCUGGCAUAUGCUAAUCGCUCUGCUGUUUUGUACGAAAUGGGUCAGUACGAAUCAGCACUUGCAGACGUCCAACGGGCCUUCAUUUACGGAUAUCCGCCUGCCAGGAAGCAUCGUCUACAUGAACGCCAAGUUAAGUGCCUUCAAGCACUCGGUAAAUUUCAGGAAGCAAAAACUAUCCUCGAGGAAACUAUUAAUGCACUCUCUGCCUUAUCUUUAACUGACAAGGAGGCGGCAACCGCGAAGAGUUCACUCACCACACUGCAAGCCAAGUGUGAGAGUAACUCUUCCCCAGUGUCGUCCCCACACCAGUAUGAACGAGUGUUAUACACAGGACCUGAGCGACCUCCUCCAGUGUCCUGCCCUCGACCUGACUUACCCUGCCUCAGCGACGCCCUCAGGAUUCACUACACGCCCAUCCGUGGUAGACAUCUAGUGGCUAACAGGGAUAUUCAGCCAGGAGAGGUGUUGGUGGUAGAGUCGGCCCUGGGAGCCGUGGUCAAGCUGGACGCCACUCUCAGGACUCACUGUUCUUAUUGCCUGCGUCGUUCUCCCAUCCCUCUGCCAUGUCCCACCUGCUCCCUGGUCGUGUUCUGCAGUGAAAGCUGUCGUAAUGCAGGUGUUGGGGGAGGGCACGGAGCAGAGUGCAGUGUACUAGCAGUGCUGGUAGCCCUGCAACUGGACCCUGCGGCAUCCCUUGCUCUCAGGGUCCUCGCCUCCACUACUCUCACAGACCUUCGUAACAGUCUGGUUAGCCUCCAGCGUGAAGGUUGUAGUGGAGGCUCACGGCCUAUGAUGCAAGUUGUGCAUGACUACCGUGCCUUAUACCACUUGGAAGGACAUGCCACAGCCCGUCCAGAGAGUCAGCUACAGGAAACAGCUGCUAUUGCUUGUGUUUUAACACACAUCCUUAUUGAACAAUGUCCUAGUUUCUUGAAAGGCCAAGAUGGUCAUCCAGUCAUGGUCUCUCAAGAUGAUAUUGUGCUAGUGGGAGGGCAAAUAAUGCGACUAAUUUUGGGUCUGGAGUGCAAUGUCCAUGGAACGAAAGAAAUUGUAAUUGGGGAUGAGGGAGAAGAAAGUAACAUUGGAAAGACUCGAGGACAAGAAGUGGGUUGGUCUGUAUAUUCAGCUCUAAGCCUGGUAAACCAUUCGUGCGUCCCCAACACCCUGACAACCUCCCUGGGUAGUACAAAGUUCCUGUACAGUGUAAGCAUCAUCCCACAGGGAGCAGAGAUCACAGACAGUUAUGGUGAACGAUACGUUAGUCAUGGACGUACAGAGAGACGUGCAGCACUUCAGCAGCAUUACUACUUCUGCUGCAGCUGUGCUGCCUGUCAAGCAGACUGGCCGCUCUUCCAUGAGUUGCCUAUGAAGCCAAGUUUGAGGUGUCCCUCGUGCUUCCAAGCACUCAGUGGCUUCACCUGUCAUCUGUGUGAACUGGUAUGCACAACAGAUGUCACAACCAAGACGGGUGUCCAGCUCUAUGACGCACCUAAAACUCAAGUACAGAUGAAUAAAUGUUGGGCUGAGUAUAUAAAGGCUUCGGCCCAGAUCAGCCAGGGCAAGGUCUCUCCCAGCUUAAUGGCCAUAGUUGUGAAUCUGUUGAUAUUACUGGAUAAAUACACCGUUCAUCCCAACCAGGCAUAUGUAAGUGCCCAAGAAACAUUGAUGACUUGCUUUGACCUGAUGGGUUCUGUUCACCUUGUGACCAAGGCCACGCCCAAGUAGUGGGUGACCAGCUACUUUAUACACUUAUCAAGUAAAUCAUUUCACUUACUCAGAUUUGAUCAUUUUAGUUCAGUAGUAAAAUUUAACAUUGGCCAUAAAAUGUUCGUCCACGGUAGGCUUCAUAUCACUAUUUCAUAAUUCAACCCAUCUUCACGACAAUCUGUACAUUCUGAACCUCGGUAUUUUUCAUUCUUUUUAAAAGUUUAGGACAGAUUAUUUUAUUCGGAUUAUUAACCAGAAGUGUUAGUAAUACUACUAGUCGUCUUUCCUCCACUACUGGUUAUGGGGAAUGGUACAGUACUUGUAUGACUGCUUUGGGCAGCUUACCUGGUCAACUUAGAUUAUCAUUAUUAUAAUCAAAAAGAAGCGCUAAGCCACAAGGGCUAUACAGCUGGUCAACUUAGAGACUCCUUGCACCAGUGUAAGGACUGUCAGGUCAUCCCGACAGCUGAGUAUCUGUUGAUGGGUUACCUCAGUCAUCAGAGCUUGCCUAGUGAGGGGCAGCUGCUGGAAGAGGAUGGGAGGGGGGAAAGAGGUAGCUGCCUCCAUCCUGAAUUAUGUUAAUAUUAAAGAAAAACAACCAUUUUGAUGUCAAGCUCAGAGUCAUGUCUUGCCACCUCGUUCCCUUUCUGAAAGCUCCAGCAGACGUCAGUGGUGAGCACUUUCAUUAGGUAUCCUCGAUGGCGAACUUUGCAGUGGGUGCCUGGAUGUUUUUUCUAAAGUUAUAACUUAAGAACAGCUCAUCUGACCAGCUUUAAAUUCUCAACACUUUUGUAAUGUACGAGGGACAAAGUUCGUUCAAUUAUUGGUAUGCAGCUGCCAAGCAUUGCAUAGCUCAUUCCAAGAUUUAGAAUGUGUCCAGAAAUGUUAAAAAAAACACUGCUCCUUGGCUUCAAAUAUUCAACACUGGUGUGUCUUACUCGAAGUGUUCAAAGUGAUGAUUAUUGAAGCUUGUGAGUGCACAACUGAUUUUUUUUACCUAUUAAUUCACGUUAAAUAUGAGUAUACCUCUUUUGAAUGGCUUUAAUCUUUUUUUAGGGGGUGGGGGCUGAUGUAUAUUAUAGACAGGAUUGUACCCAAUAAGUGUAUUUUGUGUAGGUGCAAAAUUAUCAAUAUGUAAUAUGGUUAAAAUACUUGGAAUUAUUGGAAUCAGUGAUAACUGUAUAAUAACUCUUUUGGUCGGUCGUAACUUUUCAAUAUUUUUUUUUGCCUGAACAGAAUUUUAUUAUUAAAUAAAUUCCUCUUCUCAUCGGCUUCUAAUCUUUAAUACUGACGUAUCUGAUAUGUAUAAUACUGCAUAAGUUUAAAAUGUGUGGCUGCAAAUUUGCCUGUAUACAAAUAUGAUUAAGAUCCAAAGAAUCAUUGGAUUUCAGUCAAUAACUGGAGACUUAUCUGGUUCACUUCGAAUUGAGUAUUAGUUUUAUUUGCAGGGUAUUUUAGUGACUCCUUUGUGCUAAUUCCAUAAUUAAUAGAUUAGAGUAAUUAUACUUACUGUACUCUUCUGGACCAUUUAGAAAUUUGACUCGAGCUAAAAAAAAAAAAAAAAAAAGUAAUAUUAGACAGCUUUAAAACACUUCACAUCUCCACCAUGUUAAUUUUUAUACAUUUUCUCUAGCCGUUUGGCAGAUAUUAAUUUGAGAAGUUGAGCAUGCACAGUGGCCUGGAAGUUGAAUAGGCACGGUGGCCUGGAAGUUAAGCAGGGUGGUGGCCCGGAAGUUGAGUAGGCACGGUGGUCCAGAAGUUGAGCAGGCACGGUGGCCUGGAAGUUGAGCAGGCAUGGUGGUCUGGAAGUUGAAUAGGCACGGUGGCCGGGAAGUUAAGCAGGCGUGGUGGCCCGGAAGUUGAGCAGUCAUGGUGGCCCGAAGUUGAGUAGGCACGGUGGUCCAGAAGUUAAGCAGGCACGGUGGCCCGGAAGUUGAGAAGGCACGGUGGUCCAGAAGUUAAGCAGGCACGGUGGCCUGAAGUUGAGCAGGCACGGUGGUCCAGAAGUUGAGCAGGCACGGUGGCCAGGAAGUUGAGCAAGCAUGGUGGCCUGGAAGUUAAGCAGGCACGGUGGCCCAGAAGUUGAGCAGGCACAGUGGAGCUUCAGUCAGCAGGUAGCAACAAUCAUCUUUGGUAAGAGAAUAGGAUACGUGACUCACUCCUAGACACCACACAAAGAAACAUCCAUCACCAUUCUGGGAGGACUGCCAGGUAACACUAUCAGUUCACCACACCUUUGAUUGUUUGUCCGAAAUGCUCCUCAUAACUAUGGGCUUUCAACAUGCAAUCAAGUAUCGCCCAUUUCUGUAUAAACAGGAUUCACUUUUGGCUUCUACACCGUCUUAUAACACACACUGACCUCCUCACUAAAAGUCCCACCUUUACUGCAAACUCUGACUUUUUAUGAGUUGUUUGAAUCAGCUGUUGCACCAACUGAUUCAAAUUUUACUCUUGCACCAACUCUCACUUCCACUAACCCCUACUACCCUCAUACAUCUCCACCCCCUCACUAUUUCCUUUACACAUUCCUACUUCCACACAUCCCUUCUAGCAGCACUGUAUUACCCUUACGGGUUUAGUUUGUUUACUACUAUUAUUAUUAUUAUUAUUAUUAUCAGUGGUGAGUAAAUGCAAGUUGCAACUCUAUGGGAAUCCCCUGCCAGGUAUCUCAAAUUAUUUUAAUAAUAGUCUUUAUUUCUAUAAGUACAUGUACAAGGUAUACAGGCCUUGCGGACAUCAGUGGCAUACUACUACUAGUAUAUAGAAAGCCCCUUAUGCAGAUCAUUUCAGGAAAAUUAGGUCAAUUUUGUCCCCAGGAUGUGACCCACACCAGUCAUCUAAUACCCAGGUACCCAUUUUACUGAUAGGUGAACACGGGCAGCAGGUAUCUUAAGGAAACAUCCUGAUGUUUCCACCUGUACUGGAAAUCAAUCCCCGGACCUCAGUGUGUGAGCCAAGUGCACUAGCAAUCGAGCUAUGGGACACCUUUUUUUUUUUUUUUUAAUAGUAGUAAUAAUAUAAUAUAUCUAUUUCUACAAGUACAUGUACAAGGUAUACAGGCCUAGCUGACAUCAGUGACAUACUACUAUAUAGAAAGCCACUUGUUAUGCUGAGCAUUUCGAGCAAAUUAGGUCAGUUUUGUCCUAGGAUGCGACCCACACCAGUCGAUUAACACUCGUGUACCUAUUUCAUACUGAUGGGUGAGCCAUGGAAAGCAGGUGUCUUAUGGAAACACGUCCCUAAUGUUUUCCAUCCAUACCGGAGAUUCGAACUCCGGACCUCAGUGUGAGAGCUGAGUGCGCUAGCAAUCGAGCUAUGGGACACCACGGUGCCAAGAGGAAGCAUAUGACUGAAUGCUGAGUAGAAACUUGAACUAACAGAGAAGGUGGAGUAUGGUGUCUCAGUGGCAUGGGUGAGUGAGGAAUAUGGUGUUAAGAAAGUAUCUAAUGUCUGUAUUACCACUAAACAACACUGCAAAUUAAAUCUCAUCUCUCAACCAUAAAAAAGGUAAGUGAAAUUACUGUAAAUCACUGCAAUGCACUGUACGAACUGUAUUAACAUUACAAUCAAAACUAAGUGCUAAACCUACAAGGGCCAUACUGCACUGAUUGUACUGUACAUGUAUGAUAGUAUUGUACUUUCAACUCUUUUUAUUUACAGUACUCUGUAUAGCCCUUGUGGCUUAGCGCUUCUUUUUGAUUAUAAUAAUAAUAUUUACAGUACAGUACUGCACAGGUUUACAUUAUUAUAUUCAUAACAAGCUAAACCCUUAAGGGUCAUACAGCGCUACACACAGGUUUAUAGAUUACGAUGCACCGAGUUUGCUGUUUUCAGCCUUUAUCAUUUUGUCACAAUCAUGAAAAAUAAAAUUCAUAAUUUGGAAUCUAUGGACAAUCAGAAUUAACACCACUCCCCUUCUCCUGUUUCUCUUCUAAAUUAAGGGUUCUCAUUUUCACCUCUCAAGGAAGGUUCCUUGAUAUUGGUGAGGGGCUCUUAAUCCUCCCAUUCCACAGGUUGUAUGGCCCCUAUGGAUUUAGCACUUCCCCUUCAAUAUAAUGCAUCAUUAAGCACAAAGCCUGUAUGGGUCAUUCAGCACUGCAGGUAGGGAUGUGAGAGGACAGAAGUGUGCAAAGGUUAGGGAUGUGCUCUUCCCUUGGCAGAAGAUGUAACUGGUGGGGAAGCACAGACUGGACGAAGAAGAAAGGGUGCAGAUGUAACUAAUGAGACUGCAGGGAUUUCUUGUAUUUAGUAAAUCUAGUUCUCCAUGGGGAAGUGGAACCGAAUUCUUCCUCUGUAAGCGAUGUGUGUCGUAAGAGGCAACUAAAAAUGCCGGGAGCAAGGAGCUAGUAACCCCUUCUCCUGUAUACAUUGCUAAAUUUAAAAAGUGAAACUUUCGUUUUUCUUUUUGGGUCACCCUGCCUCGGUGGAAUAUUGCCGGUUUGUUGAAAGAAGAUAAAUCUAGUAGGAGCCUGAAUAACAGAUCCACUUCAGUGGGACAUGAAAAUACUAGUCAUAAUUAACAAGCCAUGUUUACUGAGUAUGAAGACUGUACAUUGUAUACAUUAGAAAUAUAAUUACAUCAGUUACUUGAGCAGUACAUUAAGAUGGAUUAUAUUUUUAAAUCACAUGUUAGGAAGACUAUCAUUACUUAUACUUGCUGUCUACACAGGAUUUCAAAUAAAGCUAUACAGAAAAAAAAAUAACAUUAAACCUAAAACUAGAGAAAAGCCUCUAACAAAUACUACAGCCAAGCAGCAGUCUUGCAAAAUAAAUAAUCAGUACAUUCACAUACAUUUGUCAAGUUAUUGAGCAUCAGUGAUAAAAAAAAAAAGGGCAAUACAGUGGAACCCCGAGUUUUGGCCGUAAUCCGUUCCAGGGGCUAGGCCUAAACUCAAAACGGCCGAGAGGCGAAGCAAUAUUUCCAAUAAGAAAUAAUGUCAUUACAAUUAAAAAAAAAAAAAAAAAAAACAAUUAAUCCGUUCCAGAUCCAUAAAAAUAUUCACAAAAAAUACAUUUUUUAAAGAAUAACUAUAGUUUAACAUGUAUAUAGUACUUAAAACAUUUUUUUUUUUUUUUUUUUUUUCAACAAGUCGGCCGUCUCCCACCGAGGCAGGGUGACCCAAAAAAGAAAGAAAAUCCCCAAAAAGAAAAUACUUUCAUCAUCAUUCAACACUUUCACCACACUCGCACAUUAUCACUGUUUUUGCAGAGGUGCUCAGAAUACAACAGUCUAGAAGCAUAAACAUAUAAAGAUACACAACAUAUCCCUCCAAACUGCCAAUAUCCCAAACCCCUCCUUUAAAGUGCAGGCAUUGUACUUCCCAUUUCCAGGACUCAAGUCCGACUAUAUGAAAAUAAAACAUACAUAUAGUAUUAAAUGAGUAAUACAAUACAUAAACAUUUAAAAUCACAUUUACCUACCUUUAUUGAAGACUCUUAUUGGCAUCUAGAAGAUAGGGAGGACUUAUUAUUGCCUCCACCACUGCCUCACUGCCACUAUGAAGUUUCUUUGGGCCCAUGGUGGCUUAUUUCACAGUCACAAUCAAUAAACAAACACUAAACACAAUGAAUUUAUUGUGAAAUGUUCGGAUGAGCGUGCAGGGUAAUGUUCACUCAAGGAUAAACAAAGCUAGACUGGCUCACUAUGCCUGUGUGGGGAGGUGCGAACAGGUCUGGUACUCUGACAAACACAGGGCAAUGGCCGAAACUUGGGACAAAAUGCGGUCGAAACUCGAAGCAGCCGAUGCUCGGGGCUCCACUGUAUUUAGUAUACAGGCAUAUACAUUACUUAGUCUUGAAACCCAAUGAUUCUCCUCACAAUUUGUAUCCAAAAUUAUGAUUAUUAAAAAUUUCAUGUUGAA